GCACACGUUGCACGCAGCGGUUCGUUUUUAAAGCAUGCAGAACUCUUCAGCGCCACGCAAGGCAUUCUCAUCGACCAGCUCAUCGGGUCGCAGCAGCAGCGCCAGCGUCGUCAGUAAUGCCGCCGAGCUAUUUGAGACAUGCACAAUGAGCAAUGGGAUUAGAACAAAUAGCCUGGCAGCAACGGCAGCUGUUGGGCUUGAUUGUGGCAGUGGCAUGCCCGUUACGGAUUUCUAUAGAGAUGCAACGGUGCUGAUUACGGGCGGCACGGGCUUUGUGGGCAAAGUGCUAACCGAGAAAUUGUUGCGCGCCUUUGGUUUGCGUAAAAUUUACAUGUUGAUACGCAGCAAGGACAAUAUGAGCGUGCAGGAGCGCCUACGUAGCUUCUUCAAUGAGUCGAUAUUCAAUACAAUGCGCGUGGAGUGCCCAGAGUUGUUCGAGAAGGUGCAUCCGAUACGCGCUGAUUACAGUGCCAUCGACCUGGACAUUGAUGCCGGCGACCGUGCAAUGCUCUCGUCUGAGGUUCAGAUUGUCUUCAAUGUUGUUGCCUCGGUGAAAUUCAAUGAGAAACUAAGCGAUGCAAUUGACAUUAAUGUCCUGGGCACCAAAAAGAUACUCGAUUUGGCUAUGGAAAUGCAACAAUUGAAGUCGUUCGUGCACAUUUCAACGCUGUACUGCAACUGCAAUCGCAAAUUCAUCAAGGAGCAAGUGUAUGAGAACGAAAUUGGUUACGAAAAAAUUAUGCAGAUCUCUCGCACCUUUGAUGAUGACACUCUAGAGAAGCUGCGUCAUUGUCUAAUCGGUCAGAUGCCCAACACCUAUACGAUGACCAAGAAAUGUGCUGAAAAUUUAGUCAAUCAUCGUGCCUUUCAUAUGCCCGCCGGCAUCUUUCGACCGCCCAUUGUAAUGUCAACGUACAAGGAUCCAUUUCCCGGCUGGACUGAUAAUUUGUACGGGCCAUCAGGUUUAUGCACUUGGUCCGCACGGGGACUCGUACGUUGCAUUUACGGCACCGCCAACUGUAAGGCGAAUAUGGUGCCCGCCGAUUAUGUAGUAAAUGCAAUGAUAGCCAGCGCCUGGGAUAUAGCCAGAAGAUAUGAGCAGCAUGAGAAUCAACUGGAUGGCAAGUCUGAGCUGCCUGUCUAUAACUAUGUAUCCGAUGUCAAUAAUAUUACUUGGGGCCAGUACAUGCGACUAGCACGUCAAGGUUUUCAUGAGCCUUUCGACAAGGCGCUUUGGUGCUUCUCGUACGUUAUAAUACCAUCGAAGCCUCUGCAUUGUGCAAUUGCAUUUUUCUUGCACAAUAUCCCAGCUUAUAUUUUAGAUUUAAUUGCCAUGGCUACCGGACAAAAGCGCAUCUAUGUUAAGGCAUAUCAGAAAAUCUCGCGCAUAAUCGAUAUGAUGGCUUGGUUCGGCCUCAAGGAGUGGAAGUUUGCGCAUCGCAACAUUGACGAAUUAAGCGAACGUUUGCCGGUGGGCGAGCGCGCCAAGCUGCAGUUCAACAUAGCAACAAUUAAUUGGAGCGAAUAUUUUCGUUCGUAUCUGAGCGGCAUCAGGCGCUACUUCUUUAAGGAUAACGCUAACGAUAAUAAAUUACAGCAGCGCAAAACUAUUUAUCGCAGAAUGCUGGUGCUGCACACGCUGUUAAAGACGACGUUUGGCCUUUCAUUAAUUAUGUGCAUUGUGCGACUUUAUCUCAGAAUUUUUCAAAUUAUGCCAAAGAUAAUGCUGUAAGACUUUGGCUGCAUUAUAAAUUAUAAUCGGAGCGCAGCGUAUUAUGCUUUACCUUAAAUAAAC